ACGAAACAAAAUUCCUUAAUUUUCCUCUCUGAGGCAGAUAUUGUGUUUGUAAGUCACAUCUAAGAUUUGGCAAUAAACAUGUAAUUUUAUUUCUGCAAAUGUAAAUAUAACAAGAACAGAAGGAACCUACACUUGGGCAGCAUACACAUAGUCACAGCAAUCUGAAGCUUUCAGAACCAAAUAACUACUGGGUUUUGGCCACGUCUAGAAUAUGGAGUGGGUAUUUUGGGGUUUGGCGGCCUUUUGUGCUGGUUUAGUUUGGUUUCUGCUCAAGAUUGCAACAACGAUAUGGCGGAAGCCUCUGCAAGUGAAAAAGUUCUCUGAAGCUCAAGGAAUCAGUGGCCCUCCAUACAGGCUAUUCUCUGGGAAUUCUACAGAUAUAACAAGAAUGACCGAUGAGCAGAAUUCCAAACCCAUGGCACUCUCACAUGACAUACUCCCUCGAGUUCUUCCCCAUUUACAUCAGUGGAGUAAAAGUUAUGGUCAGGAUUUUAUUUUCUGGUUUGGGCCGAAUGUCAGGUUGGUUGUUCCCCAUCCUGAGAUUAUUAAGGAGAUAUUAUCCACUAAAUUUGGCAACUAUCCAAAGCCUCCCACUGAUCCCCUUGCAAGACAACUGUUGGGAAAGGGACUUGUGGAUUUGAAAGGUGAGAAAUGGGCUCAGCACAGGAAAAUCAUCAAUCCUGCUUUCCAUAUGGAUCGCUUGAAGGGGAUCAUUCCAACUAUUGUGAGAAGCGGUGCCAAUAUGUUGGAUGGAUGGAGUAAAUUGAUAUUGUUAGGUGCAUCGGAAAUUGAUGUGCAAAAAGAGUUCAACGACCUCACAGCAAAUGUCAUUUCCCGCACAGCAUUUGGAAGCAGUUUUACAGAGGGAAAGCAUAUCUUUGAAAUGCAGACCAAACAGAUGAUUCUUGCAGUUGACUCAUUUCGCAGUGUUUAUAUUCCAGGUUUCAGGUUUCUUCCUACUACGAAGAGUAGGCAACGUUGGAAUGUGGAGAAAGAAAUAAGAAGAUCCUUAAGACAAAUUAUAGAUGCCAGGGAAAGGACUGCUAUAACAGAAAAAUCAGGUCGAUAUGGUGACGAUCUGCUUGGUUUUAUGAUGUCUGAGAGCAAGGAGCAGCGGAGAGUCAAUGUAAAAAGUAAUGGAAGCCUGAGUACAGAGGAAAUCAUUGAUGAAUGCAAGACUUUCUACUUUGCUGGUCAUGAAAGCACAUCAGUACUGUUGACAUGGAGUUUAAUCUAUGUUACCAGAAAUGAGAAACCAGAAACGAAACCUUUCAAUGGCAACGGUUUCAAAUGGAAAUUAGCACUGAGAAACGGUCGUCUGCAAGGGGAAACCCGUUUCACCCAUCGAAACGCGAAACGGUGCUGUUCCGUCGCGUUUCUGCCAAUGAAACUUGGAAGACUCUCAAUUCCAGCAGGCACUCAACUUGAGAUUCCCAUCCUGGCAAUUCACCAUGACCCUGCUUUGUGGGGAAAUGAUGCCAAUGAUUUCAACUCAGGGCGAUUCAAUGAAGGAAUUGCAAAGGCUGCAAAGCAUCCAAUGGCAUUCAUGCCCUUUGGUGCAGGUCCAACUAUAUGUGUGGGUCAGAAUUUUGCGGCGUUGGAAACAAAAUCAGUUUUGGCUAUGAUUCUGCAAAAAUUUUCUUUUGUGACUUCACCAUCUUAUACUCAUGCUCCUUUGCUUUUACCUAAUCUGAAACCUCAAUAUGGAGCUCAACUUAUCUUCUGCAUGGAAUAAUAUCUAAGAAUAGUACUGCCUAGAAAUUCCUC